CCCAUCUAAUCAAACACCAUUUACUAAUGUUCAAAACGAUCUCCAUCUUCUUUUAAUCAAACUCCACAAUCAUCAGCUUCAAGCACACGUCAUUGCCCAUGCAAACUCCACUACCACUAGGUUAGGUUUAGUUUAGUUUAGUUUAAUGAUUAGCUUCUCUUAUAUAAUACAAGUGAGGCCAUGGAUGCUUCUUGUGCUCGUUGAUCUGAUGGAGAAGAGCAAAUCAUUUUCCGGUUACUCAAAUGCCUACUCAGAAAUCCGACUAGGCUUCGAGGAACGGUCUAGAUCUUACAGCUUUAAUGGCCCGGCAGGCAAGGUGGAUGGUAUUGAGCUAGAAAGUUCAGGCAAUCCAGAGCUCAAGCGGAGGAAGAGAGUGGCACAGUAUAACAUGUACACCAUGGAAGACUGUAACCAAGGAGGAGGAGAAACAUGCUUCUCCUUCCAUAUUCAAUUCAUGCGAAUCCACCCAUGAAACCCUUUCACGUCUUCGCUGGAA